GUCAAUUUCACUUUGCCGGGUCGAACGAAGUUGUUGUCAAAUUAGGCGUGCUUGUCAUAAUUCUUCUACUUUUCGAUGAUGAAUCCUCUUUUGUACAGGCCACCACCUAAUCCACAUUUUCCGAUGAUGCCAUAUUUACCGGGUCCUUUACCCCAGAGGCGUAAGUUAUGUUUUUGUUGGUACUACAAAAUUAGGUGAUAUUCAAGAAGAGGAAGAUUUGGCUAGUGUUGCCCUGCAAGUCCAGAAAAAACGAUUUUAUGUCGAUGUCAAGAGAAAUAGAAGAGGGAUAUUUAUGAAAAUCGCUGAGGUUUGGUAUACUUUAAACGUGAUGAGAAAGUAGGUCAGUUCCGACGGUCGAAAAGCCAGAAUUCUUCUGACCCUGCAAGCUGCCGUAGAAAUUAAAGAUAAACUAAAGGAUCUCAUUGAUGUCCUUGAAGAGAUCAAGUCGAAUGACGAAAGUUCAGGUGCCCAAACCUCAGAUGCAAAUAAAAAUACAGAUUCACAGCCCUCAAACAGCCUCAUAAAGUCCCAUAUCGUCAACUAUCCGUACAGACGCUAUUUCCUUGACCUUAAACGCAAUAGAAGAGGUCAUUUUCUCCGUUUAACAAUGCUGUCAACUUUGAACAGAAUACAACUUGCUAUUCCUUCUCAGGGCAUGCUAGAUUUGUAUAAUGCUAUCAAUGACAUGCUGGGAAAAUGGUGGGAUGGUUCAGAAGCAAAUGAUAGCAAAUGUAUGUUUCGAAAUUUUUUACUCUUACCUCAUAUAAAGCUGUUAGUUUACCGGAGUCAAAGUCCCUAAGGUUUGACAAUCGUACUUUGUACUUCGACUCCUCGUUCAACCGAUUUGGAACUUACCUUCGUAUUUCAGAAGUCCGAACAGCAUCUAGAACUGCAAUUACAAUUCCAGGCCGUUCGCUUUCACGCUUCAGAGAUAUUAUCAAUGGACUAGCAGAAGAUUUGUCGAACGUUAAGGUCACCAAAAAUGCUGAGGAGCAACCAUCUAGUAAUGAAACUCCCGAUACUCCUGACAAUUCUGAACCAAGUGAGCCCCUUGUAAAUGGCGAAGUUUCGUGAGCUUCGCAAUAACAAACUUCAUCUCUUGUAUUUGACUUCAAUACCUUCAAUGAGUAAAAUGCACAAUUAUUAUAAAUAUCUUCUCUGGUUCA